AUGUUCGGACUGGUCAAAGGCCAAACCGCUCACCCUACUCUGUUUCCCCUCAAAUAUGGCCGAGUACUUGCUACCUGGGGUCUUGCCGGUGCUAAUGGCUGUCUCCUGCGCUCGCAGCUUCUGCAUUUACCUCGAGGUGAAGACAUUCUGGUCUUCGUUAUCGGGAUAGUGUCGUCAUGGUUUGGCGCAAAUCUAUACUUCGCGCCGUUUGUCGGAGCCAAUUCUCUUGUAUAA